AUGUCGCACUUCCGAGCAAAGAAGCUUGAUCUCAGCGGGUUCAUCAAUGCCCGCGUGAUCCGCGAUCACACCAAGCGCAAGGUCUUCGAGCAAUAUGAGCCCGAACGUCAAGCUCUUCGCUACAUUAUCCGCAACACCACGCUUCCCCAGCGUGUCCGUGCUCAGGCCCAGCUGCAGCUCUCUCAGAUGCAUGCCUACACCCGGCCCACCCAGAUCAAGAACAGAUGUGUAGCAGGUGGUAUUGCCCGGAGUGUGAUACGCGAUUUCAGAAUUGCAAGAUACCAAUUCCGCACGCAAGCCCUGGCUGGUGAACUACCCGGUGUGAAGAAGGCGAGCUGGUAG